AUGUUACGUGCCAGAUUGAUGCUGGCUAUUCAGAUUUACAUCACCGGCGAUCAGGAAACAAUUCGACAACUGAGGCAAGGACUCGUUCAUCGUUCACUUUUGAUGUUGGUGCUCUUGCUACGUUCGAUAUCACCAGCCGUGCGUCGCCGCUACCCAAAUCUUGAGAGUCUCGUCCUAGAUGGUGUUAUGACUCGAAAAGAGAAGCAGUCUUUCGAAUCGAUUGUUCCAGUUGUCAAUUUGUUUUGGGUACCUGCUACUUGGUUUGCGACAGCACCCCAGGACGCUUUCAGCGAUGGAAUGCUGACCAACGAAUACGGCACAAAACUCAUCAUGGAGGAAUUUUUAGAAUUUCGUGCCAACUGCGGUGCCCUUUGGAGCUACAACUGGGUUAGCAUUCCAAUAAUCUACACUCAAGUGUGCACGUUAUCCACGUAUUCCUAUUUCAUUGCCUGUCUCGUGGCCCGUCAAUAUACGGGUCCUAGUCAUCAAUCGCUCCAGGACAUCGACAUUGUCCUGCCUAUCGGUACAGUCAUGGAACUCGUUUGCUACGUCGGACUGCUCAAAGUGGCCGAACAGAUCAAAAAUCCUUUCGGUGAUUCCGACGAAGAUUUUGACCUCAACUUUCUCAUCACCCGACAUCUUCGAACAGUUCAUCUAGGACUGGAUGACUUGGACGUGAAUUGCCCGCCUUUGACGGACGCUAGUUCAGGAAAAGCGGCUUCCAAUGGAGCGGGUGAUAGUUUACAGCUGAUGCCGGGCCAGUUGCUGCAGAAUGAACGACACACGUCGGAACUUAUCAAGUACUGA